UCCCUGCCCCACAUUGUAGCAAUGCCCCACAGUGUGGCCUUCCUUUUGGUGGCAGCCACAUGGGCUGUGGUCUCCCGCGCUGAUGGGUGCAAUAAGGCACUCUGUGCCAGCGAUGUCAGCAAGUGUUUGCUGCAGGAAGUGUGCCAGUGCGAGGCCAACCGAGCUGGGUGCCCAUGCUGUCGGGAAUGCGCUUUCUGCUUGGGAAAUCUCUGGGAGUCGUGCUGUGAAUGUGUGGGGCUGUGUGACGAACGUCCCUCCUUGGCCCCCCGCCCCGCCCUGCGGAGCUCCAUGCACAACCUGAUGUCCCCGGUGCCCUCGCUCUUCCGGGCACUCAUGGCCAUCUCCGACAACGACCCUCCCAUGGGCUGGAGCAUCCUGACCCUACCAGUGGAAGAGGAGCUGCGGCAGAACCAUGCGGAGACCGGCCACCUCCUCCUGGGGCCUCACACAGGCUUGGCCCUCUCGGAUGCCAAGGGCCUCAAUGCCACCACGCCACCGUGCCAGUCCAUUUUCUUCAACGAGUGCCUGUCCAUGAGCCGGUGCCGGACGGCUUGCCAGUCGGUGGGCGCCUGGCGCUACCGCUGGUUCCACAAUGCCUGCUGCCAGUGUCUAGGGCCAGACUGCCUGGGCUAUGGGGGAGCCCACGCACAAUGUUCCAGUUGCCGGGACUGAGAUCUCUGGGUUUCUUGCCCCCUCAAAAAACACCCACUCGCCUUGCCCUAGCCCCAGUCACGCCCAGCCUUCCUUUCUUCCUGAUCCUGCCUCCUUCCUACCCUUUCUUCAUUGAGCAAAUAUGAAUGAAGCAUUUGCUUUUCGUUGCUGUUCAUUAACCUUUUUGGUUCUGUGGACCCCUCUGGACUCAUCCCUUCCCCCUGCACUGGUCUACGAUGGUCCUCCCAAGCAACCGCGGCUUCUGCCCCACCUUCUCCCUCUGCUUGUUAUGGGUAUCUUCCCAGCUACAGUCCCCUCUCUCUGCUCUUUCUUACAACCCAGCUGACUUUGCCUUAUUCCCUAAUGCUCGCUGUUUAAGGCACCCCUCCCAAAAGAGAAAACACCUUCUGCUUAUAAGCACUGCACCUGGCAAAAAGGUGUCCUAGGCACCUGCCUAUAGCCACCUUGUGGGGGAAAACCAACGCCCCUUUUCCAACCCCUCUGCAGCCCCAAGUUUCCUGAAGUCAAUUGCUUCAGGGACCUAGAUAUAAAGACUUUUGUCAGUUUCCCAUCUUUGUAAUGCUAACAAAAUAAAUCUUUUUACCUGUA